GCUGCGCAUGCGCAUCCGGACGCUGGGCCGCGGCUCCCCCCCUCAGCUACGGUGGCGCGGAGUGGUAUCGUCCUGCCCCGCGCUGAUAGGCCCGCGGCGCCGCCAGUCGGCCGCCGAGGCGGGGCGGAAGUGGGGGCCUGGCCAAUCGUCUGGGGCAGUGCGGCCGCGCGGAGCGGGCCGAGGUGCGGAGGGGGCAGUACUGGCAAUGGCUGCCCUUUGGGAAGAUGUCCUGUACAACGAGCUGGUCAUCCGGGAGGCAGCAUCGCUCGCCGUGGAUGCCGCGCUCCUCGGAGGCAUGCUGAUGCGGACUGAGGAAGAGCCCAAUGCUUCAGACGUGGUGAAUUACGCUCCCUUCACGUUGCUCCCAUCAGCAGUACCAAGUGCCCUGUUUGAACAAGCGUAUGCUGUUCAGCAAGAUUUUAACCUGCUCGUGGAUGCCAUUAGCCAAAACAAAGAAUUCCUGGAGUGUACUCUUGCCAACACCAUCAAGGUAGAUGACUUCACAGCUCGACUCUUCAGAAUCUACACGCAAGUUUUGGAGGAAGGAUUGGCUCAGUCUGUGUUUUUAGGCAUAAACCGCUCUGAUUACAUGUUUGACCGUGGUGCGGAUGGGACACUGGCUCUGAAGCAGAUUGAGAUAAACACCAUUGCUGCCAGCUUUGGAGGCCUCACUUCCCGAACUCUAGCCGUUCAUCGGCAGGUGUUAAAGACGCUGGGAAAAUCUGAGGAGGCAUCACAUCUGCCGCCCAACAAUCCAUCAAAAGGGCUUGCCUUGGGUAUUGCAAAAGCCUGGGAGCUGUAUGGUUCACAGAGUGCUGUGGUGAUGUUCCUGGUGGAAGAAGUCCAAAGGAAUAUUUUUGAUCAGCGAUGUGUAGAAAAUGAACUUUGGAACAGGAAUAUUCGGGUCAUCAGGAAGCAGUUCAGAGACGUGUUUGAACAGGGGUCUCUAGAUGAUGCCAGGAGGCUGUAUAUAGAUGGCCAGGAGGUAGCAGUGGUGUACUACAGAGAGGGCUACGUGCCACAAAACUACAAUCUGCAGAACUGGGAGGCACGAUUGUUGCUGGAGAGGUCAAGGGCAGUGAAGUGCCCUGACAUUGCUACCCAACUUGCUGGGACCAAGAAGGUCCAGCAGGAGCUGAGCCGGCCAGGGACGCUGGAGAGACUACUGCCUGGCCAUGCGGAGUCUGUUGCUCGCAUAAGAGCAACAUUUGCUGGACUUUAUUCCCUGGACUUGGGAGAAGAGGGAGACAAGAUGGCUGCUACAGCUAUUGCUGACCCUGACUGGUUUGUGCUGAAGCCACAGCGAGAGGGUGGAGGGAACAAUCUCUAUGGUGAAGAGCUCAGGCAAGUUCUGGAGAAGAUCAAAGACAGCCCUGAGAGAACCUCUUACAUUCUGAUGGAUAAGAUCAAACCACAGCCAUCAAAGAAUUACUUGCUGCGGGCUCACACUCCUCUGAAAGUUUCAGAGUGCAUCUCUGAGCUUGGGAUUUUUGGCGUCUAUGUCAGGCAGGGCAAGGAGAUGGUGAUGAACAAGUCUGCCGGCCACCUCCUGCGGACCAAGGCAGUCGAGCAUGCGGAUGGUGGGGUAGCAGCUGGUGUGGCAGUGCUGGACACUCCCUACUUGGUGUGAGGAGGUGAUGCCCCAUCCUGCCUGCCUUGCUCUGCUGCCCGAAGAGCUGAUCUGCCACAGGGAUGUUUUCCUUAGGGUGCAAUUACCAAGGCCUGAGGUGUUUGGGAUCAUGAGAAGGGACUGUACGAACAUAAUGGUUCCAAAAGUCCUGCGUGCCAGCCCCAGCUUCUCAUUUGCAAUUCCUCCUGCAGGAAGAAGGGAUUCCCUUCCUCUGCCUGCUCAGUGGGUCCAGCCCUGCCCCAAGUUCAUGUCCCAGCCCUGACCUCCCAGUAUUGCGUUGAUUUGGAUGUUUCCUUGGGGUCUAGCCUGCAGGCAGUAUUUAUUGCAAACUGAAGGGUAAGGUGCCACACCAGGCACUUGUGCUGUUCCCAGUUCUAAGCUCCUUGAUGCUGCAUUCUUUUCCAGAGAGAAAGAGGAAACCCAAAGCCUGGGGAAAAGAAGGAGAAGGGGGAUGUGAAAGUGUCAGCCUUCCUCUGUGGGCUUCGUGGCCCAGUGCCCCUUGUGCUUUCCCCUUUGCCUCAGUGCUUUCCAAAUUGUAGUUGGGAGCCCAUUUCUGUGUGUCCACGGCCCCUCCAGCCCUUGCUUAGGGACUGCUGCCCUGAUUCCUACCUUUCCCUAUGCUGAAGGAUCCUCACAUCCUGUGCAAGAGGCAGCUGCUGUGGUAUAAUUCUUCCAUGGGCACCUGUCCCACUCUUGCUUUGCCCAGUUCCUUCAGGAAGUUUUUUUGGACUGAGUGUUCAUCCCAAAUAGAACUGUCUUGCUGUUCAGGACCACAUCCAACUGCUUCUACAAUAAGAAUGAGAGGUCUAGCUGCUGGUAGUGUGACAUGCUCUGAACAGAAGCUGACAUGGCUGCCCACUCUCUCUGUCCUUCCUCGUGGCAAAGGAGAGCAACUGGAGCCUUCUAUCACAGCCAGUGUGUGGAUUUUUCUUGUUUUUUGUUUUUUGUUUUUUUCUUGAAUCCAUGCGGGCUUAUGCCAGUGCAUCCUGCUGAGUCACACGCUGAACAGCAGCAGAUCAGGCAGAUACUAUAUGAAGCAAGAGCCAUGGCAGGGAGCAGGGCAGCAGCUGAAAGGUCUGACCUCUUUAAUCAUCCUCCCAGGACUUGUGGUAUGGUGUGACAGGUAGCUUUGUGGGUGGGAAGCAAGGGUGCACAGAGGUGAGACCGAGGGGAGCAAACCCAGCCUGAGCUGCCGAGCACUCGGCGUUGCUGCCUGCUGGGUUCUUCUGACGCAGGAUUUUGUUAGUUCCUAGAUGGAGCUGUGGCAGCCCGUUACUGCCUCUGUGGCUGUGCCACUGCUGUCACACUGGGACCAGUGUAAGUGGAUGGCAAGAGAGGUCUCCCUUGGGGUUUCCUGAACUGGUGGAGACAGUGCAGGGGGGAAUUAGGCUCUGCUCUGUGCCCUGGAGGAGACCGUGCUCUAGUUCCUAGGGGCUUUUGCCCAUUCCACUGAUGUGGCCCUCCUCCACCCAGCCCUUUGCUCAGCCAAGCAAUUCAUAGUGAAACAUGAGAGGAACCUUUCUGGAAGUGGCCUGGUAAAGCACCCAGGUAGCCUUAGCUCUGCUUUUCAGUGACACCUGACAGAAGACCCUUCAAGGCAAUAUUUCUUAAGACUGAAUUUGCUGAUUGGAUCUGUGCCUACACCCUGCCACAUGCAUAGCUGCUCUGGUGCUGUGCAGCAGCCACCUAGGGCAAUAUUCAGGCUGGGUGCUUUAAUCAUGAAUCUUUGAACUUGGAAAUCUUUCAGUUCUUUAAGUGUAACUGGUUCUACGAUUCCUGGGUUGUUGGUUAGUGGUGGAGGGGGAUCUAAUUACCCCCAUGCAAAGAUUGAUUAAAAUGUACACUCAAUCUGAA